AUGGCGGUGGAGACGAUUCCGACGCGAAAUGCAGGCUCGGCGACGGUGGCGGUCACCGGGUCGAAGGAAGCGGCGUUGACGAUGGGUGGAGGGAGGAAGGCGUCGCACUUCCGCGGUGUCAGGAAACGGCCGUGGGGCAGGUUCGCGGCGGAGAUCCGGGACCCGUGGAAGAAGACGAGGAAGUGGCUGGGGACCUUCGACACGGCGGAGGAGGCAGCCCGGGCCUACGACGAGGCCGCCCGCAGCCUGCGGGGCCCCAAGGCCAUGACCAACUUCGGUAACUCCGUCCCCGUCGUCGAGAUCCUUCCCUCGGCCGCUGCUUCCGCGGUGCCAGCGCCGCAAAUAAGCUGGAGCUUGGCACAGCCGUGGCGAUCGGGCUUCCUGGCGCUGGCUCCGGCGCCGAACGGGCAGGAUAUGUUCCUCGGGUGGCAGUCGAACCAAUCGAAGUACUCAUGGUACCGGUUCGAAGCGGUAAAGAUGGUGGUGAGCGAGCAGGAGGAAGCGAAGAAGAAGAAGAAGAAGAAGUCGUUCGACUUUGAUCUCAACCUGCCCCCUCCUUUCAUCUGA